UCGAGCAUCGGCGGCCGCACUGAGGUGGCGCGGCAAAGGGCCGGUCCGGGGCGCCGCUCCGCCGCCCGCUCCCCCUCCGCCGGCCGCCGUCGGGUCUCCGCGCCAUGGCCCGGCCGGGCGCCGUGUCGCUGCGCAGCCUAGGCGGCGGGGACGACGGCGAGCGCGGGCUGCUGGCGGGCGCGGGCACGGGCGCGCUGGAGCGGGCGGCGAGGCGGCGCUUCGGGCCGGGCCGGCCGGCGCUCGUGUGGGCGGCGGUGGGGCUGGCGGCGCUGGGCGGCUUUCUGCUGGGCUAUGACACGGGCGUGGUGGCGGGCGCGCUGCUGGCGCUGCGGCGACGCCUGCAGUUGUCGGCGCUGUGGCAGGAGCUGCUGGUGGCGGGCGCGGCGGGCGCGGCGGCGGGCGCGGCGCUGGUGGGGGGCGCCCUGCAUGGGCGGCUGGGACGCCGCGGGGCCGUGCUGCUGUCCAGCGGGCUCUGCGCCGCCGGCUCCGUGCUGCUGGCCGCCGCCGGGGACCGCGCCGCCCUGCUGGCCGGCCGCCUGGUGGUGGGGCUGGGCGUCGGCAUUGCAUCCAUGACCGUGCCCGUGUACAUCGCAGAAGUGUCCCCUCCAGACCUGCGGGGCCGGCUUGUCACCGUCAACACCCUCUUCAUCACCGGGGGACAGUUCUUCGCCAGUGUUGUGGACGGAGCUUUCAGCUAUCUCCAGAAGGAUGGAUGGAGGUACAUGCUGGGCUUGGCCGCUGUCCCUGCUGUUAUCCAGUUUUUUGGCUUCCUCUUCCUUCCUGAGAGCCCCAGGUGGCUUAUUCAGAAAGGACAGACUCAGAAAGCCCGGAGGAUCCUAUCUCAGAUGCGUGGCAACCAGACCAUUGAUGAAGAAUAUGACAGCAUCAAAAAUAACAUCGAGGAGGAAGAGAAGGAGGUCGGCUCAGCUGGACCUGUGAUCUGCAGGAUGUUGAGCUUCCCUCCUACCCGCCGAGCUCUGAUUGUGGGCUGUGGCCUGCAGAUGUUCCAGCAGCUGGCCGGCAUCAACACUAUCAUGUACUACAGUGCCACCAUCCUGCAGAUGUCGGGGGUCGAGGAUGACACUCUGGCCAUCUGGCUGGCCUCUGUCACCGCCUUCACGAACUUUCUGUUCACGCUGUUGGGGGUGUGGCUGGUGGAGAGGGUGGGCCGGCGCAAGCUCACCCUGGGCAGCCUGGCAGGCACCACUGCCGCGCUCAUCGUGCUCGCGCUGGGGUUUCUGCUCUCUGCCCAGGUCUCCCCCCGGGUCACCUUCAGACCACCUUCUCCCGCGGGCCAGAACACCACCUGCACAAGAUACAGCUUCUGUGAGGGCUGCAUGCUGGACCCCGACUGUGGCUUCUGCUACACAAGGAACAAGUCAGCCAUCAGCGAGUCCUCCUGCGUACCUGUCAACACAGAGUCCACCAGUGAGGCAGCCUGGGGCCGGUGUGAAAAUGAAACCAGACUCAAAACAGAACAAGUUUUUUGGGCUUACAACUUCUGCCCUACUCCGUACUCCUGGACCGCACUGCUGGGCCUCAUCUUCUAUCUCGGCUGCUUUGCACCAGGAAUGGGCCCAAUGCCAUGGACAGUGAAUUCUGAGAUCUACCCGCUGUGGGCCAGAAGCACAGGGAAUGCCUGCUCCUCAGCUGUCAACUGGAUCUUCAACGUGCUUGUGUCCUUGACCUUCCUCCACACAGCUGAGUACCUCACCUACUAUGGGGCAUUCUUCCUCUAUGCUGGGUUUGCCGCUCUGGGACUCCUCUUCAUCUACGGCUGUCUCCCCGAGACCAAAGGGAAAAAACUAGAGGAAAUUGAAUCCCUUUUUGACAGCAGGCUGUGUACAUGUGGUGCUUCUGAUUCUGAGGAAGGCAGAUACAUCGAAUAUAUUCGGGUGAAAGGGAGUAACUACCAUCUUUCUGACAAUGAUGCUUCUGAUGUGGAGUGACUGGUGGCAGGACUGUGCCGUCACUGACAUGGGUGGAGCAGCAGAAGGCAGCCCCAUGGCUGCUUCUCAGCUGGAGCUGCAGUCGGGUCCUGAAUAGAUUCCAUGAGAAGGAAGAUACAACCACGAUGACUUUUCCAACAGAAGAAAUGUAGAAGGAAUACAGCUCCAACGAAUCAUCCUAGAACAAACUACUUCCUUCCUGAGUUACUUAAUCAGUGUUGCGCCCCGUGACUCAGGUGGCAGCCAUCUUUCCUGAGACACAGAACCAUCAGAGAGGGAACAGUCAGAGCUAAUGUGUCCCAGGCGAGUGUCUGACAGGCAGGUAUAGAAACGAUUCUGGAAUGUCCUCUGCAAGUGGUUUCCAGCAGUGUGGUUUAGACCAGCCCGUGGGGGAGUGGGAAGUAAAUCCCAGGUACUCUGCCCACAGAUUCCUGAGUCCCUUCUACAGGGCAGGCUGCCUCCUCACAUCUUAGUUUCUCUCUCUGUUUAGACUUGGAGAAUUGUUCAGAAAUGGAGUCUGCACAAGAUCUUUGGAACAUUUUAAAAAGCAGGUCUUAUUUUCAUACAGAUUUUUGCAUCAGUGAUAAGUGUACAUUUGCACAAAUGAACUAGCGAACUUUAAUAAGUAUUUUUACUGCUAGAAAGCAUGAAGACAGAUUUUUAUGGGUUCCUGACUCUCCCACCUGUACACAAGCACAAACAGUGCCAUCUUCACUUUCUGUUCCCACUCCCGUCUAUGCAUGUGACCCUGGAGUCCUACUCUGUGCCUUCAUUUGUCACAGAAAGCACUGCUAGGACACGUUCUCCUUUCAGUUAUAUCUUUUCUAGAAGGCAGGAAAGGAAGCCGGAGACAAAGAAUCUGAACGGGGUCUUUCUUUUGGCUUUCAGUUAACUCCUCCUAAGGGAACUGUCACAAUCCAUGUCUCAACAGUACUUGCCAUUUUUUAAGUCCAUACAUUUUCAAAAUACCCUUUUCUCAUUUCCCCCAGAAAUUUAGAAAAAAGGUACACAGAUCCAAUGGUCUGUUUUCUUUUUCUCACACUUGGAUUCUUGUCAUAUUAAAAUAAUGGGGAUUGCUACUGUUAUACCUUAAGUGGCAAAUGCUGACUGGACUGUCUCUACAAAGUGUUGGUUUAAUGCUGUUCAACACACUCAGUCCUGUCAUGUGUACUUGAAAUUUCUUGCUAAUUCCAGUGAUAAUGUGAAUCUCCCACACUUGCCUAGUGACACAUCUGCCUGAUGCGUUUUAACUCCACUCUGAACACCAAGUAAGUUCUCUUUACAGUGAAAACAGGACUGUGUCAGAAAUACUGAGUUUCUGCCAGCUUUGUCCUUCCCCGUUAAGUCUGGCUAGUUCCCAGCAUGGCCACAAAGCUGAUGGCACAGCCAAGCUUUAGUCUCCUGGCCACUGCGGAUCUAUGAUCUGUUUAAACUGAUAUUUGUUGGCCAAAAUACUCUGGGGGGGGGGGG